AUGAGUGUUUUCGAAUUUUCGGGACCAAUUGAAAGGAUUUUUAUAAGGUUUGUUUUUUUUUUCAAGUUGAUUUCUCGGUAUAACUGUGUUUUUUUUCAGAGCACAGCUGUAUCAAAUUGGUCUGCCACCUCUCGAUUUUGAAAACUUCGAUAAAAGUUCCGGAAAGGGUUUUCAAAAUUCUGAAAAAUCGCGAAUCGAUGAUAUUUCUUUUGGCUGGCAACAACGUGUUCCACAAAAGUUGGUACUUUAUAUUUCUUUUUUUUUAAAUAAUCAAAAGUAAUAUUUUUAAUUUACAGAAAAAAAUUGUUUACACUUUUGGAAUCUGACGAACUUCCAAGCCAUCUCAAUCAAUUCAAAAAUGAUGGAAAUGAAGAUAAUUCUGGAAAAAUUGCCGAAUCAUCAAAAGAAAUGGCCACCAAUAAUGACUAUAUAGUUUUCAGAAAAUCCAAAAUCAUUUCAGAACAACCGAAAAAUUUAGUUAUGUAUAUUUUGGCAAACUUGGGAUCUCAAGAUUUGAAGUGAGUGAAUAAAUUUUUAUUAGGUUUUUUUUUUGAAAAAUUCUUUUUCAGUGAUCCGAUAAGCAUACAUUUGGUGGCAACUUUGAAAAUAUGCUCAAAUAGUCGAUUUUCAAUAACACCUCGGUUGGAUUUGGAUCAUUCAAUAAAAUUAGAAACUCGAUUCGGAGAUUUUUCAGUGAAGUUUAAAAUUGGAGACCAAGAUACAAAUGAAGAUCUUAUUCUUGAUAAUAUUAAAAGUCGAAAUUCUAUUGUGAGUUGUUUUAUUUGGGUUAUUGUCUUCAAUUUUUUAAAUUAAUUUUCAGACAAGUCUUGUUGAAAAUGAGUCAUUCAAUAUAACAAAAGAUGGUUUUAUCGAAACAUGUAUGAUGUUAUCGUUCGAUUCGGCUUCAGAAUUAUUGAUUGAUCAAGGAUUGACUAUAGAAUAUAAAUUGAAAAUACCCAAAGGAAUUGAAUUGAAAUCUGAAAAUAUAUCUGGAAAAACACAUCGUUAUUCAGCCGAUUCACAAGGAAAUCUUAAUCUUUCGCAAAGUUUCGAGUUUUGUUUUGAGCAGGAAUCAAAACUUGAGAAAAAUUGUCAACCAUUGCUCAUGAUAAGAGUUUAUUCGAUUGAUUAUUGGGGAAGACAAUUUAUUGCUGGAUAUGGAUGUGUGUAUAUUUCAAUAGAUCCUGGAAGGUAUGAAAAUCAUAUAGAUUCAUUGACCUAAUUAAAACCUUUGAAUUAAUUUAGGAAUAAUUCAACAAUUCAUUUAUGGCGCCCUAUUUCAAAUAAUUCAUUAUAUGAAAGUUUUGUUGGCCAGCCAAUUGAUAUCGAUUAUUUUGGAUUGAAUGAGGUAAAUUCGAAACUUUUCAAGACCUCCACAACCGAAAUAUUUUCCAGAAUAAUCCACUUCUUCGCCUCGCUGCCGAUGGCCAAUCUUCUGGUAAAAUUAACAUAUCAUGGAGUUGUGUUUGUCAAUCUCGAAAAUAUAUGGCUCGAGAUAUUUUGUAUCAACUCAAGUAUGGCUCGAAAAUGGCAGAUAUGGGACUUCGCUCAGAUUUCUAUCAACGAAUUAUGAAAGUCUUGAUGGAUUUCGAAGAAGCGCGAGCAAAACUGAUUUUGGCGAGAGCAAUUCGGAAGAAUUAG